AUGAGUAACGCCGAGCUUGGAGUGUGUUUCGACCUCAUUGCGAAGACAUCGCAGCAAGACUACCAGUCAUCACGCAAAGGCUGGGACCCCGGUUACAAGAUGCUAGAGAUGUCCGACAAGCAAAUGAUGUACCUUCUAGUGCGCCAGGCAGAAGGCUAUGUGGGUACGAACAAAGUCAGCGAGCCGGCUUCCUCUUCACCCAACGCAGGCGAGAUCAUCGGCUUCCUUUCUUUCAGAUUCGAACCUGAAGAUGAAGAUCUCAACUUGAUGAGGCCAGUUCAGUACAUCUACGAGCUCCAUCUAGAUGACCGUCUUCGAGGACAAGGUCUUGGUGGUCACAUGCUGCGUUGGGCCGAGGAACAAGCCCGCCUGGUCAAGAUCAGUAAGACGAUGCUGACGGUGUUCACUGUGAAUGAAGGGGCCAGGAGACUGUAUGCCAGAGAGGGAUAUGUGAAAGACAUGACCAGUCCUGGAGAUCGAGUCACAAGGAGGAGGGUCAUCAAGCCCGACUACAUCAUCAUGGGCAAGGAGAUUUAA